UGUUAUGAGUUGAUGCUAUACAAAUAAAAAUUGAUUGUUGAUUGAGUCUGAGAACACGAUUCAGAGAACACGAGUCAGAGAACACGAGUCCCUUCUAUGACCUAAUACGAUGUGAAAAACAUUUAGCAGCUCAACUGAAAACAGCCACGUUUUCAUCCAAAUGAAUGCCUUUUGGUGUUGUAAUAUAAUCAAGCAUUAAUUAAUUCCACCGCCAUUAUUCAACAAGGUUUAGUAUAAAUGUGAAAUAAAAAUUAAACUGCAAGUUGCUCUUUAAGUGAAAUAAAACAUUUCAAACCUUCACCUUCUCUUUCUUUGCUUCAUCUCCAUACAUUUGUAUAAAAGCCUGCAGCUUUCUGUUUUCUGUUUGUUUGUUCAAUGUCAGCAAACACAGUUCAGAAAGACAAAUUGACUUUAGCAAGAAUCAUCAGUUUGACAGUUUGUGACAUCAUAUAAGUCCAGAAAAGGGGACGUCAGGUCACUUCACUUACAGACAUUCACAUCCAAACCUGCAACACUCGUAGAAAGUAGUGAGAAGUGUUUCUGAUUGAAAGAUGUUGAGAAUCUGCAGCAGAAAUCUGGUGAGUAACAAACUUGACUUCAUUCUUCCAGUUCUGCAAUGUGUUUGAACGUAAUGUGACUCAGUCUGGAUAUCCUGUCACUCAUUCACACUUUUUCAAUAAAUAAACUUGAGAAGUUAAAAUAGGAGAGCACAACACAAAAGCAGUUUUUAUGUACUUUUAUGUUGUUUGUUUCUUCAAACCUUUAUUGAGCAAAGACAUUAGAGGAUGUCAUAUGUCACAAUUAUUAACUAACACAUUUGUUGUGUCCCUCAGGUGAAGGUGGGGAUGUUGAAGCCCAGUAAGGUGAUGAGACCUGCCGCUCUGCUUUCAUACAGAAACAUGGGUCAAGAGCAGGGUCUGCCCAAAAUGCCCGUCCCCCCCCUGAAGCAGACCUGUGAGUUGUACCUGGAACUCCUGGAGCCAGCCGUGGAGCCGGCCGAGCUGCAGAGAACCAAAGAGCUGCUAGAAGAGUUUCAAAAAGCAGGAGGAGUCGGAGAGAGGCUGCAGAAAGGUCUGCAGAGAAAAGCAGAGAGAACGGACAACUGGCAAACAGAUGAUUAUGUAAAGAACCUCUACAUGAAAAAACGGAAGCCUUUACCUAUUUUUUCUAAUAUGGUGGGGAUGUUACCGAUGAAAGACUACACAACUAUCCAGGAACAGAUCGGGUAUGCUGCUGACAUCAUUCUGGGUUUGUUGGACUAUAAGGAGAAACAUGAAGCUGGUAGACUUCAUGCGUCUAUACAAGGGUUCCCGCUGUGUAUGUCCCAACAUGACGGCUUACUCGGAUCCAGUAGGAUCCCACAUCCGGAGGUCGAUUCUCUACUGUUCUUCUUGAAAAACCCCAACCCCCCCAUACAUAUGAGCGUGGUUCACAAUGGUCAGUUCUUCAAGAUGGACGUGUACCACAGUGACAGGUCUAAGCUGAGUAAGGACGAGCUCUGUGUUCAGAUGGAGAGAAUCUGUAACUCAGCAGUACAGCCCGACCAGGAACCUGUUGGCAUCCUAACCUCUCAACGCAGAGACAUCUGGGGGAGAGUUUAUGAGGACCUUGUCAAAGAUGAAACCAACAAACAGUCAUUGUACGCCAUCCAGAGCAGCAUCUGCACCAUUUGUCUGGAUGGACCGACGCCCCCUGUGGCCAACAACAGUCAAUGCAGCAAAGGGAUGACGCAGAUGUUGCACGGAGAAGGAAGUAACUGGAACAGCUCCAACCGCUGGUUUGACAAGGGUGCACAGUUAAUUGUUGGAGUGGACGGGACAAGCGGGCUCCAAACCAUGCAUGCAGUGGCUGAUGGGAUUGUUGGGGUGGAAGUUCUUGAAUUCAUGGUUGAUUACAUGAAAGAAGAAAAGCCAAGUACAGUCGUUUCUCCUGUCAAAGAUUUACCUCAUCCCCAAAAACUCAAGUUCAACAUCACACCUGAGAUCAAGAAGGAGAUCGAAGAGGCCAAAAAGCACUUGGACAUGUUGGCCAGAGGUUUUGAUCUGAAGAACAAAGUGUUUGAGCACUUUGGUAAAAACCUUCUUAAGUCCCUGAAGACCAGUCCUGAUGGUUUCGUGCAGAUGGCGGCACAGCUGGCGUACUUCAGGAUGCACAAACAGAUUGGUCUCGCCCUUGAACCUGUUACUCUGCGACUGUACAAACAGGGACGUUUAGGAAUCAUCAACGUAACUUCAAAUGCUUCCACCACCUUUGUCAAAGCCUUCAAUGACUCCAAAAUACAGAACUCGGAGAAACUCGAUCUGUUGGAGAAAGCUCUAAAAGUUCACAAAAGGAACAUUCACCUGGGCCUCCGUGGACAAGCAGUUGAAGGACAUCUCCUCGGUCUGCAGAUGCAGGCUGCAAAUGAAAAAAUCUCGACUCCUCAAAUCUUCACAGAUGUCGCCUAUGAAAAAGCUUUCAACUUCCAAAUGAUAGCUGGUCAGGUUACGGCAUUCAGGAAUGGCAUUGUUCCAUGUUCUAGUCCUGAAGAACUGGGACUGUACGACAUAAACUACGCUAUUAAAAACGAUCACAUGGAGUUUUUAGUGUCUUGCUUUGAAUAUGCUGAGACGGACAGAGAAAAGAAUUCAGCAGAGAUGAUUAAAGCUGUGGAAGAUGCCAUGUUGGACAUGAGGACCCUGUUGGAAGAAAGAGCAAAACUAGGAAUAUAAUUCAGCCAUAUUUGUUUUUGAAAAAACAAAAUCUCAUUUGUUGGACCUGAGGGUCAGGGUGAGGUUUCUAACAGUCUGGCCAAUGAAUUCUAAAACAGUGAAAUAAAAUCCAAUAGUCAUACAUUAUAAUUAUCAUAUAAAUGUGUUAUUUUAUAAUAUACUGUUUUAUCAAUAACUGUGUUUGAAGCCAGCUUCUCUCUGUUUGGCUAACUUCAGCUGUUUAUUUUAAAUUGAAAUGUUUAAAAACAUUGUUUUGUGUUCAUGUUUAAGUGUGUUAAACACAUCAUUUUUGUUAAAGCUCUGCUGUGACUGAACUGAACUAAUGACUCAAUGCUACAUCUAAGAAACACAAGUGAUGGAAAGGGUUGUAUGAUUCAUGUAGGGGAAAGGGAAAGAGGGUUUUAACCAAGAUGCAAGGGGGUUGCAUGUUUGAAAUUUGAAUAAGUGUUGAUGGGAAGGUGGUAUGGACAUGAAACCAAGAUGUAACCCCCCGUUUUUGGGCAUGGCCUUUCCAACAGUACCACCCACGAGUGUCUACGACGUCAGGAAGUGGUGUAAAAGCGAUUGGUGGAUACAUUUGUAUGUGGUAUCUGGGUUAGGGUAGGGGAACUGAGCCCGUCUCAUGGAAGGGACAGGAGGUGCACGGCCCAACCCCGGGUUGAACUCAUAACCUCGGUCCCAGUUGGGUUGGCGGGGACGUUGGCGUUUUCUGCCGUAACGGACCUCCGUCCAACCCUCAUCAAAGUACACCAUCUUUGUGGCUUUUUUUUUUUUUUAAUUUGUGUGAUGUCGCCUUUGUUAUUUAUUGAUAAUGUUUUGUUGUAUUAUUUAUUAAGUGGAUAUAAAAUACAAAUAAAAUAUUUAUUAAUGUGUUUUUAAAUCAACUUUUUAA